AUGUCUGUAACUAUUCUCUAUAUACAAGCUCGAUAUAUUGAUAGACUUGAAUCAAAUGUUCAAACUGAUGAACAAGAAUUUCCUUCUGAAGAAUAUUCUAAACUAUUGACGUAUUUAACAAAUCAUAGAAACAAUAUUUAUUAUAAUGACAAUAAUAAUCACAAUGAUUUAUCAUCAAGCAAUACAGAAGAUGUUAUUCAAUUAGCUAAACGUGCCUUUUUUCUUUUUCCUAAUCGGCGUUCGACUCAAAAAAAACGACCAACAUAUUUCUAUGGGCGGAAAUCUCAUUGGGAUACAUUUUUUGGAUAA